UCCUUCUUGCUGCACAAGAAGAGCGCGCCUUAAUCCGCAACGAACCCGCCCACAGAGGCACCCAAACCCCGCCCGCCGCCUCCGCCCCCUCGGUUCCGCAGAUUCCCUCCCCCGAGCUCGUCGGCGGAGCUGCUCCGGCCGCCUCGCUCGCUCGCCGCCGUUGCGCCAUGGCUACGCCGCUGGUAGCUGGGCUGUCGGUAGCUGCUGCUGCCAUGGGAAGCAGAUUCAUGAUUCAGGCAUGGCAGGCCUUUCGAAUCCGGGCGGCGAUGCCACGUGUGCGUAAAUUCUAUCCUGGCGGAUUUGAGAGGGAGAUGAGCAGAAGAGAAGCGGCACUGAUCCUUGGCGUAAGAGAACGUGCUGCACUGGACAAGAUAAAGGAGGCCCACAAGAGGGUGAUGGUAGCCAACCACCCUGAUGGUGGCGGCAGCCAUUACAUUGCUUCCAAGAUAAACGAGGCCAAGGACAUGCUCAUGGGGAAGGGCAAAUCCGGGUCCAUUUUUUAGCCAGUGCAUACGAGAUGGAGGUUAUUUUGCAUUGUUCGCGAUGAGGUAGUGAUUCGCUUUCCGUUGACAUCAUUAACAGUGUUGUGCUGAUACCGUGCAUCUGAACAAAGAUGCACGUUAUGGAAACAGAGUAACUUGAUUAUGUGGCUGAUGUAAGUUUACCCAGCGGCUCCAGAUAUUAUGCUAACCUUCUGUUGUGACCAUUGGGCUGUCUUACUUGAAAGAUUGUAUAUUUGGGGCUUGUUGCUUA